CAAAAUGGCGGCUGCGGCAGGCUGGUUGCGGAUUCUACCCCGCCUGUACCGUGCGCUGCUUUUCCUCUCGCAGUUCUGCAUCUUGUUGGGCGACGAAAGUACUGAAAUCCCACCUUAUGUGAUGAAAUGUCCAAGCAAUGGUUUGUGUAGCAGACUUCCUGCGGACUGUGUAGACUGUGCAACAAAUUUCUCCUGUAUUUAUGGGAAGCCUGUCACUUUUGACUGUACAGUGAAACCAUCUGUUACCUGUGUUGAUCAAGACUUCAAAUCUCAAAGGAACUUCGUCAUUAACAUGACUUGCAGAUUUUGCUGGCAGCUUCCUGAAACAGAUUACGAGUGUUCCAACUCCACCAGCUGCAUGACAGUGUCCUGCCCUCGGCAGCGUUACACUGCCAACUGCACAGUGCGGGACCACGUCCAUUGCUUGGGUAACCGCACUUUCCCCAAAAUGCUGUAUUGCAAUUGGACUGGAGGCUAUAAGUGGUCCACUGCUCUGGCUCUAAGCAUCACCCUCGGUGGAUUUGGGGCAGACCGUUUCUACCUGGGCCAGUGGCGGGAAGGUCUCGGCAAGCUCUUCAGUUUUGGUGGCCUGGGAAUAUGGACUCUGAUAGACGUCUUACUGAUUGGCGUGGGCUACGUGGGCCCAGCAGAUGGCUCUUUGUACAUUUAGCUGUGGUAUGUGCUUCAGAGAGGAGCAGUGCCUCGUCCUUUACCUGCAGGCAUUGGUGUAGAGUGAGUGAUGUUUGUUUUUAAUGUACAGCAUCUGUACUUUGCUUGCCUUGAUGAAGGUAAAAUAAAGAUUUGAAACACUGAACUA